AUGCGUAGACGCAUCCUGCAGCCGUUUGGGCUGAGCAUAGCCAUGCUGCUGGGCAUGUUGUGUCCAGCGCAGAGCAUUGUUAAUUCUCCAAAGAUUAUUAGCAAGGAUGGCAACUUAAUAUUUGAGUCUGGAUCCAAUCGCAAUAUAAGCUUCAAGCUAAGAGGCAGCUCCAGGCUAAUUAUCAACGAACAGUAUGAUGUGCUGGAGCUGCUGAUGCCGCUCAGUGGCAACAAGAAGAGACCUGGUGGCGCUGGCAAGGAUGAGUGGAGUGCACCUGACGAGAUCUACGAUCUGCGUGAGCUUACUGAGCAUCUAAACGAGUUCAAGUCGCAGACUUUUGGUGUGAAUGGCAUAAAUGCCAGAAUAAGACAAUUUCAAAAUAAGCGUCUGCAGGCGCGACUGCGCACCGGUGAACAAAAUCUGCAGCGCUUGAGGAACAAGCUGGACUUGGACAGCUGCCAGAGCAAUCCUUGCAAGAACGGUGGCAGUUGCUUCAAUACUUAUGGCGGUUAUCGUUGUCUCUGUCGGCCCGCCUUCGAGGGCAGUAAUUGCGAACGGGAUGUGAACGAGUGCGUGCUCUUUGACGGCACGGACCUGGGCUGCCAAAACGGAGCACAGUGCGUGAAUCAAUUUGGCUCCUUCAACUGCCUGUGCACGCCCGGCUGGCAUGGUACGCACUGUAGUCGACGCAAGACGGACUGCGCAGCGGCCAGCGCCUGGGAACUGUGCGGUCACGGCAGUUGUGUGCCCACCAGCGAUGUUCAAGGCUAUCGUUGUCUUUGCGAGCCCGGCUGGCGCAGCAACCCACUGACGCUCACCUGCACUGAUGAUGUGGACGAGUGCAGCGACGCGGCCGCGCAUACGCCCUGCACCACUAAGUGUAUCAAUCUGCCGGGCAGCUUCACCUGCGCACCGUGUCCGCCAGGACUGACGGGCAACGGCGUCAGCUGUCGUGAUAUAAAUGAAUGCGAGACCAACAAUGGUGGCUGUAGCUUGAGUCCACGCGUCGAGUGCAUCAAUAGCUACGGCUCCAGCCACUGCGGCGAGUGCCCUGUUGGCUGGACAGGCGAUGGACGCAGCUGCAUUCGCGAUAGCAGCUCAUCCAGCUCCGUUCAAAACAAUUGCGCACAGCGCGGCGAUCUUUGCCAUCCCAAUGCCAGCUGCUCCGAAAUCUCUGGCACCAUCAUCUGCAGCUGUCCGUCGGGCAUGGUGGGCAGCGGAUACGGACGCGACGGCUGUCGCACGGGCAGCUACCACAACUGCAACGAUCUGCCCUGCUUGAAUGGCGGCACCUGUACGAACACGCGUGAUGGCAACUACACGUGCCAGUGCCCACCCGGCUUUGUCGGACCACGCUGCAAUCCGCUGCCAAAUGUCUGCGACACUAAUCCCUGCAAGAACGGCGCCACCUGCCGGUCCACACCGUCCACCAGCGACCGCUUUGUCUGCCAGUGCCUGCCAGGAUAUCGCGGACGCCUCUGCGAGACGCGCUUCAGCAGCUGCAGUCGCAUGCUAACCGGCGCCAGUGGCAGCCUACGCUAUCCUGCUGCUGGCGACAGCUAUGACCACAAUGCGCAAUGCGCCUGGGUCAUACGCACCAAUGAGUCGCUGGUGCUGAAUGUCACCUUCCAGCACUUCCAUCUGGAGGACUCGACGGAGUGCCGCUUCGACUGGCUGCAGGUGAACGACGGACGCUCGGCGGCCGCUCAGCUCAUCGGACGCUACUGUGGCAAUCAUAUACCGCACGGCGGCAACAUCAUCUCCUCCAGCAAUCAGCUCUACUUGUGGUUCCGCUCCGACAACUCGACAGCGCAUGAGGGCUUCGAGCUCAGCUGGACGUCGAUGCCGCCGCGCUGUGGUGGACGCCUGGAAUUCGAGACGCAUGGCACCUUGGCCUCGCCCGGCUCUCCGGGCAACUAUCCACGCAACAGGGACUGCGAGUGGCAUCUGGUGGCGCCCAGCGACAAGCGCAUCAAGCUCACCUUCUUCAGCCUGCAGCUGGAGCAGCACGACAGCUGCAACUUUGACUACCUAACGAUCCAAGAUGGGAUCUCGGAACGCGAGCUGGCCAAGUACUGCAGCAGCGCAACUCCAGCGCCGUUGCUGCUGCCGACGCACGACGUGCUCAUCCGCUUCCACUCGGACGAGACGGGCAGCGAUCUGGGCUUCCAGCUGCACUAUUCCGUGGAGCAGUCGGUGCCUGGGUGCGGCGGCACCUACAGCACGCCCACCGGCGUGAUCAGCUCACCCAGCAGCUGGACGUCGGACCAGCAGCAGCAGCAGCAGCAGCAGAGAAUCUCCUGCGAGUACGAGAUUCGCCUGGCACUGGGUGAAGCCAUAACGAUUGAGUUUGUUAAGUUUGCGCUGCCGCCGGAUGCCUGCCUGGAGCUCUACGAUGUGUCCAACGAUCCCAGCGUGGGCAAGAUGCUGCAGGUGAAGCAUUGCGGCAGUGGCACCACUGGCGACGCGACCAGCCCGCCCAGCUUCCGUUCCAUGUACAAUCGCGUGAGCAUUCGGUUCUUUACGCUCCAAGCGGCCGGACAGUUCGAGCUGCACUAUCGCCGCAACUGCGAGUACACCUACGACGCCAGCACCGGCGUCAUCAGCUCUCCGGGCUAUCCCAAGCUGGCCAGCAACGAGCGCCUGUGCAGCUACAAGAUUCUCACGCCGGCCAAUACGCAAAUCAUACUCAAGCGUCUCGACUUUCAGCUGCUCGAUGCCAGCAGCGCGAACGACCUGGAGCCGACCGAGGAGCAGGAGUCAGCAGCCGGAGUGGCAUGCGCCGAGGGCACUCAGCUGACCAUCAAUGCUGGGCUCAACCAGGAAAUACUGGGACCCUAUUGCAAUGCCCGCCAGCCAGCCGCGGAGUAUCUGAGCAGAUCGAACAUGCUGGUGCUCCAGCUGCACUCGCAGGCCAACAGCCAUGGCCGUGGCUUCAAGUUCGAGUACAACGCAGUGCCGGUGAAUGAUGCGCACUGUGGCGGCGUCUACACCAAGCCGGAUCAGCAUAUACGGCUGGGCACCUAUGAGGAUAACAUGAAUUGCUAUUGGAUGAUUAUGGCGCCGCCUGGGAAGUCUGUGCUGCUGCACUGGCUCAGCUUUGAUCUGGAGUCGAGCAACGAUUGCUUGUACGACUAUGUGGCCAUCUAUGAUGAGCUCGUCUCCGGCGACAACGAUCAACAGCAGCCACUCAGCACCCACUGUGGCAGUGGCUUGCCGCCGGAUCAACUCACCCAGGCGCAGAUCCUGACCGUCAAAUUUGUUUCAGACUUUAGCGAUGUCGCCGGCGGCUUCGAGCUGGCCUUCAGCUUUGUAGAGCGCGACAAGUGCGGCGGCCACAUUCACUCCUCCACGGGCCAGCUCAUCUCGCCGGAGUAUCCGCUCAACUACAGCCACAACCUGGACUGCGUCUGGCGGCUGACGGUGCCGCUGGGCAACCAGCUGGAGCUGCAGACGGAAAUGUUCCAGCUACAGGCCACGCCCAGCUGCAGCGGCGACUACCUGGAGGUGCGCAAUGGCGGCAGCAACAGCUCCGCGCUCAUCGGACGCUACUGCGGCAGCAACAUGCCGCGCCGCCUGCCCAGCUACACACACGAGCUCUACCUGCACUUCCACACCGAUCACGUGGGCAGUGGCCGCGGCUUCCGGCUGGCCUGGCGCAUCUAUGGGCGCGGCUGUGGCGGCCGCCUACCCGGCAAUGCGGGCGUCAUCAGCUCGCCCAACUACCCGGCGGCGUAUCCGCACAAUGCGCACUGCGAGUGGCAGCUGCGCGUGCAUCCGGGCUCCGGGGUGCGGCUGCUCCUCGAGGAUAUGGAUAUGGAGGAAGCAGGGGAGUGCUACUUUGACAAGCUGUCCGUAUACAGCGGACGCCUGGCGGGCGGACACGCAACACUGGUGCAGGAUAUGUGCGAGAUGCCCGAUGAGCAGCAUCGCCAGCUGGAGGUGACGGGCAAUGAGGCGACAGUGGUGUUCAACACGGAUGCAAGCAUGUCGCGGCGUGGCUUCCGCCUCUCCUACAGCGCCAACUGCCAGCGCACAUUGAACGAGGGCCAGGUCCAGGGCGUCAUCGAGAGUCCCAACUUUGGCGAGUCCGGCAGCUUCGAGGGAGCGCUCAACUGCAGCUGGCUGAUCAAGCCGCCGCAUGGCAAUCGCAUUCACCUGGAGUUCUCGCACUUCCAGCGCACCGUGGAGCGCGAGUGGUUCGCAGAUCCUCCAGGCGGACUCUACCUGGUCGAUGGAGCUCGCACGCUGCCCAUUCUGGCUGCGGGCGCACCCAAUGUCAGCAGCGACGCCAUUCGGAUUAUACACAACAGCAGCGCCAUUAGCUUCCGCCUGGAGUUCCGCGUCGAGGGUUGCCUCAAGGAGCUGCGCGCGCCCACGGGCAGCCUGGAGUCGUACAAGUAUCCGCAGAUGUAUCCCAACGACCAGGAGUGCUACUGGCUGAUAGAAGCGUCCAUGGGCCAUGUGGUGGAGCUCACUGUGCUCGACCUGGACAUCGAGGAGAGCGUCAACUGCACCAAAGAUGCGCUCAUCAUCUCCAACUCAUUCACGGCGAGCAAUCCGCACGAGCGGCACUGCGGCCAGCACAGCAAGCUGAUCAUCACCAGCGCCGGACACCAGCAGCACGUGCGCUUCAGCAGCGAUGCGACGCACAAUGGACGCGGCUUUCAGGCCACCUAUCGCAUCAUCGAGAGUCGCUGCGGCGGCAAACUGAGCUCGCGCAGCGGCGUUAUCGAAUCGCCGGGAUAUCCCAAGCCGUACCCGGAGAACAUGCAGUGCGAGUGGGUGGUGGAGGUGUCGCCGCAUCAUACGAUCGUCUUUGACAUGGAGGACAUGGAUAUGGAGCUGCAAUCCGACUGCGCCUUUGACUUUGUCGCCGGCUUCGAGCUGAGCAGCAACAAUGGCGAUGGCGACGGCGACAGCGAGUCGCUGGACGACACCGAGGGUCGCCAGAUCUUCAAGAUAUGCUCCCAAGAUGCGCUCAAGCUGCUGGGCGGGAAUGACACGCGAGAGACGACCACGAACCGCGCCAUGGUGCGCUUCGUCACAGACAGCUCGGUGCCGGGCAGGGGCUUCCGGCUGCAUUAUCGCGAGUCCUGCGGCCAGCGCGUGACCAUCGACGAGACGGACUUUGAGUAUCUGAGCCUGAGGCGCGAGCUGGCGCGCAACGAGACCUGCCAGUGGGUGCUCCAGGCCAGCGAUCCCGCCAAGCACAUCAUCUUCACCUCCACGCACGUCCAGCUGCAUCCGCUGCAGGCCGCUGCGCUCACGGUGGAGUGCCUGGUGCAUGGCAUCCGCAUCUAUGAGGGCGUCAAUGCCAGCGGCACACCACGCCAGCAGUUCUGCCUCGAGCACAUGCCGGCGCUGAUCUCCAAUGGCAACGCCUUGACCAUUGUCGUGCCGCUGUCGCUGGUCUCCGAAUUCGAGGGUCACUACAUGACCAUGGACACCGCCUGCGGCAGCCGCUACACGGCGCUCUCGGGCCACUUCGCCUCGCCCUACUAUCCCUCCAGCUAUCCGGUGAACAUUGAGUGCGAGUGGAUACUGGAGGCCAGCGAGGGCAAUUCGCUGACCUUGACUAUCACCGCGCUGGACAUGGAGCGCUCCGAUGGGUGCAACAACGAUUAUCUCGAGGUGCGCGACUUCAGCUCGAGUGGUCCACUCGUCGGCGCCUACUGCGGCUCCCAGCUGCCCCCCAGCAUCAGCUCCAAGGGCAGUCUGUGGCUCAAGUUCAAGAGCAACGACGAUGUCGUCGGCCAGGGCUUCCGGGCCAGCUACAACUACGAGCACCACAACGAGCUGAACGGCACGGAGGGCACCAUCGAGUCGCCGCAUUACCCAACCAAGUUCGAGGCCAGCGAUCCCUACAGCUGGCGCAUCACCGUGGACACGGCGUACGUGGUGCUGGUGAAUGUCGAGCAUCUGCGGGAUGUGGACCAGCCGCAUGUGCGCUUCUGGGACGGCUAUGCGGACAUUGGCGCACAGCUCCAUCUGCGGGAGGACAAGCCGCUGGUGAGCAGCACGAACGUGCUCUUCAUGAAGGCGACGCGCGGUCCGUUCCGGCUCACCUGGCAGCGUCUGUCGAAGGAGGCGCUCGCCUCCAACCGCAGCGCCGAGCAGCAGUCGCGCCUCUGUGGCCAGCAGCUGGUCACGCUGAGUCCCACGCUGGUGCGCUUCGCCUCGCCGGGCUAUCCGACGGGCUACGAGCCGAAUCUGGACUGCAGCUGGACGCUGGUGGCGGCCGAUGAGGCGACGCAUGCGACGCUCCGGCUGGUCGCGCUCGAUCUGGAGCAGUUCGGCGACGAGUGCAUUGCGGACUAUCUGGAGAUCUCCGCCAGCACGGACAUGCAGCACUGGCGGCCACUGAUCAAGACCUGCACACAGCCCAACGAGACGGCGUCGCGUGUCUUCCAGGGCACGCCCUAUCUGCGGAUGAGGUUCGUCACGGACGGCAGCGUCAACAAGACCGGAUUCGUGACCGCCCUGCGCGCCUCCUGCGGCGGCGAGCUGACGGCGCCGAGUGGCCUGGUCAACAUUACUCGGCUGAUGAUGAACAAUCUGAUGAGUCAGCCGGAGUGCGUCUGGACGAUCCGGGUGCGGCGGGGCAAGCGUGUGCGGAUUACGUUCCCGGAGUUCCGGCUCCCGAGUGGGGGCGUCCAGGAUGGGGAGCAGUGCCGCGGGUACAUGAUGGUGCGCAAUGGCUUUGCGGAGGACUCGCCGUUCCUGGGGCGUGGCAAGUACUGCGACAACAACAUUACGGACGUGCUUGUGACCAGCUCCAAUCGCGCCUACAUCAAGUUCCGACGCCUCAACCUGCCACGCAUCUUGGCCUCGUUCCACUAUGAGGAGCUGGGCGAUGCCUGCUCCGAGCAGCUGGUGCUGGAUGAGACGGACGGCGGUGAGCGCAUCAUACACUCGCCCAACUAUCCCAAUCUGCCCAAUCCGCACACGGAGUGCAUCUGGCGGGUGACGGCGCCGGCGCAUCAUCGCAUCGCCGUCGACUUCUUCGGCACCUUCGAUCUGACCCCCAAUGCCACGGAGCGUGGCUGCGAGCUGGAGUAUGUGCAGCUGAACGAUGGCGCCACGGAGCUGAUGCCGCAGCUGGGACGCUACUGCGGGCAGACCAAGCCGGACGUGGUCAUCUCCUCGGGCGGCGAGCUGCGCAUCAAGUUCUUUACCGGCGUGCUCGAGCCGCACGCCGGCUUCCAGGCCAGGAUCAAGCUGGCCCAAUGCGGCGGCAGCUACUACAGCACCGAGGGCGUCAUCGAGAUGCCGGAUGCGGGUACACUGCGGCCGGAUCUGCUGCGACCCGCCCGCGGCGAGGUGAUGGAGUGCGUCUAUACCAUCGAGAUGGAGCGCGGCAGCACCAUCGAGCUGACCCUAACGGAUGUCAACCUGCCGGCGGUGGAGCGGAACGAGGACUGCGCCAAUGUCACGCAUCUGCGGCUGGAGGAGAUGGAGCCGUACGGGCCGCAGAAUGAGGAGCGCGUCUCGGAUCGCGUGUUGAUCUGCGGCACCGCCCUGCGGCGGACGCUGCUCGUGGAGACCAACAAGCUGAUAAUGCGUCUGCGCAUGCCCUCGGGUCAGCUGGACCGCUCGCUGCACUUCAAGCUGCAGUACAAGGCCAUCGGAGCUCGCUGUGGCGACACCAUCGAGGCCAACCAGGGCACACUGCUGACGCCCAACUAUCCGGCGGGCGUGACGCAGCCGACGCGCUGCAUGUGGCGCCUGCGCGUGCCCGAGGGCUACGUCAUCAAGGUGACGGUGCUGGACUUUGACACCGGCGCCUCCAAUCGCACGCACGGCGUCAUCUCCCACGGGCGCAUCGCCUUCGCCAACGACUUUGGAAUGCAGAGCAUCAUCGGGCGCUAUACGCAGAAUCCGCCCGACACCAUCUACUCCAUGGACAACACCAUGGGCGUCGAUGCCUUCCUGCUGCCCUACAACAGCCAUCGCGGCUUCAAGCUGCGCUUCCAGGCCGACGGCUCCAGCGCGUGCAGCAAGCCCAUCGACUUGGACCUCAGUGGCCAACUGAGGUUUACGCCAUCGCCAGCGCAUCCGGUGGUCUACUGCAGCUACAGCCUGAAGCCGCCGGCGAACAGCACGUUGCUGCUCCAGUUGCUCAGCUACAGCCACGACGCACCGCUGAUGUCCAACAUGCGCAUCUGCAGCGUGCUCUCCGCCCUCAAGAUGCAGCGCCCCGAUGCCGGCGAGCCGCUGCUGCCCCAGCUGCUCUGCGGCAGCGGGAGCGGGAGCGGGAGCAGGAACAUCAGCUCAGCCGAGGAGGCGAUCAGCGUGCGCCUGCCGUUCCCCAUCGAUCUGUCCAUCAAUGGCAAUCAGCGCAACAAGCUGCACCAGCUGAGCAUCCAGUACAGUGUGCAGCGCUGCGGCGGCAUGUGGCCACUGGAGCUGGGCGACAAUCUGACCAUAAUGCAGCCGCCGCUGCCGGCCGAGGGCGGCGUGCUGGACUGCGCCUGGGCGGUGGGCCCGGAUGCGAGCGCGGAGGAUCCGCUGGAGCCGCAGGAUGUGCAGCUGGAGGUGAGCGUCAGCGUUCGCCUGCAGGGCAACUGCUCGGAGCAGGUGCUGCAGGUGUACGCCGGGCCGGAUCAGAACUCGCCGCUGGUCGGACGCUACUGCGAGCAGACGACGUCGCUGAAUCUGGUGGUGGAGCGCGGCCUGUUCUUGGAGUACCAUGCCGUGCCCUCCGAGCUGACGCGCAACUCGACAUUCAAUGUGAGCGUCAAGCACGGCAGCGGAUGUGGGGGCAAGCUGACGUAUCCGUAUCGCUACAUCGAGUUCAGCGAGCAGUACAAGAACAACGUGGAGUGCGUCUGGGAGGUGGAGGCGGAGCCGGGCUUCCACAUUGGGCUUGCGUUCCUCGGACGCUUCUACAUCGAGCAGAGCACGAACUGCCACAAGGAUUACCUGCGCGUCCAGCAGCGCGACGACAACGCCGAUGGCAACUGGACGGAUCUGCAGACGCUUUGCGGACGCGACCGGCCGCCCAGCAUCAACUCGAGCAGCUCGGCGCUGCGGCUGAUCUUCCGCUCGGACCAGGACACCACCGGCGAUGGCUUCUUCGCCGUCUUCGAGCGCAACUGCGGCGGCCUGCUCUACGCCACGUCGCAACCGCAGCUGCUCCAAAGUCCGGGCUAUCCGCGUGCCUACGACAAGAAUCUCACCUGCAAUUAUACGAUCCAGGCGCUGGAGCCGCAUGCGGCCGGCGUAUUCGUGCGCUUCCUGGAGUUCGAUCUGGAGAACGCGCCGGGCAGCAUUUGCAUGUACGACAAUGUGACGGUGACGACGCGCGACUCUUGGCAGCCAGGCCAGCACCAGGGCCAGCAGUCCGUGCUGUGCGGCGUCAAGCAGCGACACGAGUAUCGCGCCCGCCAGUCCGUUGAGCUCGUACUGCGGACGGACAGCUCGUACAGUGGGCGCGGCUUUAAGCUGGAGUACAGCACGAAUCUGUGUGGCGGGGUGGUCAACGGGACGCAGCUGGUGUCGUCGCCGCGGCGCCACCAGGACGACAAGAUGCCGCACAACAGCAACUGCUAUUGGAAUCUGACCGCGCCCGAGGGCUACAAGUGGACGGUGAAGUUCGAGCUGCUGGACUUUGAGGCCGGGAACAGCGAGUGUCGCUACGAUGGCGUCGAGCUCUUCGCCAGCGCCGUGCCGGACGAGAAGCGGCGGCUGGCGCGCUUCUGUGGCCGCAUCAAGAGCGAGCUGCCCACGCUGCACAUUGCCGGCAAUCGGGGACUGCUGCACAGCUACUCGGACGAUCGUGAUCCCUCGCUGGGCUUCCGUGCCCUGGUGCGCAGCAUGCGCAACUGCGACGAGCGCAUCCAGCUGGCGGCCCACAAUGCCAGCUAUAGCUACAAUCGCUUUCUCGGCCAGUAUGCUCCGGAUCUCGACUGCAGUGUGGUGUUCAAGGCGCCGCCAGGCUAUCGGCUGAGCAUUGAGUUCCGCAGCUUCCACCUGGAGCUGAGCGCGCGCUGCACCGAUGACUUUGUGGAGCUGCGCGACGGCGCGGGUCCCUUUGCCGACGACAUGGGUCGCUUCUGCGGCCAGCAGCUGCCCCCCAACCUGAGCUCAUCCCGCAACGCGCUCUUCCUGCGCUUCGUCACCGAUCAGACGGUCAGCGACAUGGGCUUCGAGCUGCUCGUCGAGGCCAAGCCGCUGCAGUGCGGCAACGCGCUGAUCAAAUACGACGGCAAGGCGCCCAUGGAGCUGCACUCGCCGACGCCGACGUCGACGCCACGCGGCGCCGCUGCUAAUGGCCAGGAUCAUGUCAGCUGCCUGUGGAAGAUUGAGAGCGAUGUCGAUCUGCAUGUGCAGUUCCUCAGCGUCGACCUGGAGCCGGCCAAUGCCAAUGGCAGCUGCCUCAACAACUAUCUCAAGUUCUACACAGGCGAAGAUGCACAGCUGGUGGAGCAGGGCUACGGCAGCGAGGUCGUCUUCAGCGGCACCCAACAUCCGAGCAUGUACUUCAACUAUGCGCCCGAGUUCAUUUACUGCGACAAGCUGCUGCCCGACGACUACUAUCCGGACUCCAGGCAGCUGUACAUCAAGUAUCGCGGUCCGAGCUCGCGCUCCGGCAAUCGCACCGGAUUCGCUGUGCGCCUGCUGCCGAACGAGAGCUGCGAGGAUCGCUACGAGGGCAUCCAGGGACGCAUCAAGUUCUCCGGCACGGCCGACUGCAACAUUUUCAUUCUCUCGCCUGCCAAUUAUACGCUCAGCCUGUACUACACGGACGUCAGCUUCAAUACCAUGGACUGUGCCGACGAGCACGUCGAGGUCUACGACAUGGCCAGCAACCGUUCGCUGCAGCGCGCCUGCGGCUCACUGGACGCGGGCAAGAGCCUCUUCACCCACAGCAAUCAGCUGCGCGUGCAUCUGAAGACGGGCACCUACGCCAUGAGCCUGGACAUGACCUACAUUGCCUCGCCCGUCGCCGAUGGCGUCGGCUGCGGCGGUCAGCUCUACAACACCGAGGGCAUCAUCACCAAUCCCUUCUACCCGCAGAAUCUGCGCAACAACUCGGACUGCCGCUGGCGCGUGCGUGUGCCCGCCAAUACGCGCGUCCUGCUCAACUUCGAGGUUUUCAAUCUGGGCUCCAGCGCCACCUGCCUGACGGACUAUCUGCAGAUACUGGAGACCAAUGACGCCGGCGUGGAGCAGCAGAUGCGUCGCUACUGCGGCCACGACUCACCGCGUCUCUAUCGCAGCCAGCGCAGCGAGCUCAUCAUACGAUUCCGCAAGACGGUCAACUACGACGGCAUUGGCUGGGUGAUCAAGUUCACCGGCGUGCACUCGGAGUACGAUGUGCCCAGCUAUAUGCUGGCCUAAUCCUAAUCCCAAUACCAAUAACAAUACCAGUACCAAGCCAAAGUGCGUAGCCUUUCAUU